UGGUUCUGAAGUUUGUUCUGUGUGUCCAGUUUCUUCCUUUUCUGCCUUUCCCCUGUUUUCCAGCUCUGCACCUUCCCAACUCCUGACGUCACUGAGACCCCAGAUGUGAGGGGUUGAGGAGCCUGAGGGCGUCCACAAGGAAAUUCCUGAAGCUGACUCAGAACCAGUGAAUUUCCCUGCUGUUUGCAUCCUCUGAUCUUUCCCCCACCUCAGUCCCUAUGGAGACCACCAAUAGGACUGAGACCUGGUACGAGAGCCUGCAUGCUGUGCUGAAGGCUCUGAAUGCCACUCUUCACAACAAUUUGCUCUGUCGGCCGGGGACAGUACCAGAGCCAGGGCCAGGGCCAGACAACCAGACUGAGGAACGGCAGGCCAGACUACCCGGCCGCGAUGACAACUCCUACAUGUACAUUCUCUUUGUCAUGUUCCUGUUUGCUGUCACUGUGGGCAGCCUCGUCCUGGGAUACACUCGCUCCCGCAAAGUGGACAAGCAAAGUGACCCCUACCAUGUGUACAUCAAGAACCGCAUAUCCAUGAUCUAACGCGAGGAGGCCGGGGAUGUGGAAGAUCAAGACACCUAGAGAUCACUCCUGUUGCCUCCAGAACUCAGCUAUGGGACCACAUCAGGCCUCAGUGCCUCCUUCUGCAAGACCACUAAGAAACAGUGCGAAGGGAGGUCAUCACGGGUGGGAGGGCUGGCAGACCUGGGCCUUUUGGAUAAGGAUUUUUUCAAGGCAAAGAUAGACUUUAUAAAUAGUAGGAGCCAUGAACAAAUAUAGAGAAAAGCAACAGAAAAUGACCAAAGACUGGUCCUGUGGCUGGAAUUUAAGGGAACCGGGAGUCAGAGAAAGGAGAAGAGAAAGUUGUAGCAGAGGAAAAUGAAAC